AUGGCCCAGCAGGCCACUGUCAAUGUGCUCAUUAUCGUGGGCAAGGAUGACGUACCCAUCUACGAGGCGGACCUCAGCACUGAAGGCAUCCGCGAGGACAGUCCACACUUGGACCAGUUCGUGGUGCACGCGGCUUUAGAUUUGGUCGAUGAGAUGGUUUGGAGCACCUCCUCCAUGUUCCUCCGCGUGGUGGACAAGUUCAACGACUUCCACGUGUCAGCUUACUGCACAGCGGGCCACGUGCGGAUGAUGUUGCUUCACAAGCACCGAAACGAGGAGGCAAUUCGCGCCUUCUUUGCAGAGCUCCACGACUUGUUCAUCAAGGCGAUGUUGAGCCCAUUCCAGACUCCCUCAGCGCCCAUCGAAUCUCCAACCUUCGAUGCGAAGGUUCGAGCUGCUGGCCAGAGGCACUUCCGCGCAUGA